AACUACACACAAAAAAAAAAAAAAAAAAGCUAUUACUGUAAGGCGAAGACCUUCUUACUCGGAGAUGGAGGGGGGAACGUUGUUGUUUCGCGGCGAAGUAACGAUGGUUUUGGUGUUUCGCCUUAUGAUCCCGAAGAAGCUCACGUUCUGGCCGUCGAUGACAGCCUCGUUGAUCGGAAGAUCAUCGAGAAGCUGCUUAAGAUUUCUUCUUGCAAAGUAACGGCCGUGGAUAGCGGAAGGAGAGCCCUGCAAUUCUUGGGGUUGGACGAGGAGAAGAGCUCCUCUGUUUCUUUUGAUGGCUUGAAGGUGGAUCUGAUCAUCACAGACUACUGUAUGCCUGGAAUGACCGGAUACGAAUUGCUCAAGAAAAUCAAGGAAUCCUCUACUUUCCGAGAGAUACCUGUGGUGAUAAUGUCUUCCGAGAACGUCUUGGCGCGAAUUGACCGAUGUUUGGAGGAAGGGGCGGAGGAUUUCAUAAUGAAGCCGGUGAAGUUAUCGGAUGUGAAACGUUUGAAGGAUUACAUGAUGAGAGAGGUUGGAUUUGGAAGUGAGAAUAACGGAGGAAUCGACAAGAGAAAGCUACAAGAGAGUUGUGAUCUGAAUUCCUCAGAACCGCCCGUUACGUCCUCAACGUCGCCGUCGCAGUUACCAGAACCGCCGUCGCGGUCGCCUAUAUCAUCGCCAUCGGUACCUUCGUCUAUCCCCACACCUUUGGAUUCUCCGAUUAGACGGCUUAAAAUGACCAACACCGGAUGAUCGAUCUAGAUCCAUUCACAGCUGUUUCACUCUACAAGUCGGAAAUCCUCCAAUCCAUGCAAUUACGUCCCUUUCUUCUCUUCCCUGAGUCAGAAGACUCAGAAGUCAGAACUGCAAUUCUCCGUUACGUGUUAACGGUUUUUGUUGCAUUACGGGGUUGUCUUUUGGCGUCAUUUGUUUUGUUUGUUCCUACGAGGACGAUGAGUUCCAGUCACUAAUACUGAAUUACUGAUAAUUAUAACCGAUUACGUUAUUACUUUAAGAUGAAUCUAGCCAUCCGAUUCAAAUUUCUUCGUGGAGGAAAUAAAACGGAGUUAUGGCCCGUUGAGAGCACA